GUUGCUGCUGUGCUUGGGCAUGACAGCGGCGCUGGCCCGGGGCUGCCUGCACUGCGACCCCAAUUUCUUACCGAAGUUCUCCUUCUACCGCCACCACGUGAACCUCAAGUCCUGGUGGGUGGGUGACAUCCCCGUGUCGGGAGUGCUGCUCACCGAGUGGAGCCAGAACACGAUGAAGGAGCUACACCUGGCCAUCCCCGCCGAGAUCACCCGGGAGAAGCUGGAGCAAGUGGCAGGAGCAGUGUACCAGAGGAUGGACCAGCUGUACCAGGGGAAGAUGUACUUUCCAGGGUAUUUCCCCAAUGAGCUGCGGGCCAUCUUCCGGGAGCAAGUGCGCCUCCUCCAGAACGCCAUCAUAGAGAGCCGCAUCGACUGUCAGCGUCACUGUGGUAUCUUCCAGUACCAGACCAUCUCCUGCAUCAACUGCACAGACUCGCAUGUGGUCUGCUUUGGCUACUACUGCAAGUCAUCGGCACAGUGGGAAUCAGCUGUACAGGGCCUUCUGAGUUACAUAAAUACCUGGCACAACUUACAGAGGCCCAGGAGGACCUCAUCCCCACCCCAGGCUCUCCAAGCUCAGUGGAAGGGGGCACACCAUCCUGGCUGAAGGGUCUUCAUGAAGCCUAGGGCUACCCUGAGUUGUGGCAGAUCUGGAGGGUCUAAUUGGUGCCUCAUUCUAUUUCAGACAGGAUAUAGGCUCGAGGUAAGAGGCCUUCCAUAGGGGAGGACUAGGAGUUGGGGUGCGGGGGGUGAGGUCUUUGGGUCAGUGAAAGUGGGAGGGCAUGCUGGGCAGGGCUGUGUGCCUGCGGGAACACUAGACAUCUGUAAUCACACCCCCGUAUGGCCACUGCGUGAACCGUGCUGUCCUCCUCCUCUGUGGCCUGACUUUGGAUGUGCAGAACCACCCCAGCCUUGUGAGUGACCUGGGGAACAAUGCUAUGAAGCAGCAGCAGGUGGCCGGGGGUGGUGUUGGUACAGAACUCCAAAGCCAAGCAGCCUCUUUGCCACAGAGCCCCCAUGCUCUAUUAAGGCCUUCCGUUGUGGGUGUUGGGGAGGGUGGAUGGCCCCACCUGGCACUUGAGAACAAGCAGGGAUACCUGUAAUCCCAGCCUUCUAGGAGGCUUCUGAGGCAUGAGGGUCAGCCCGGGCUAGAUUAAUGGGUCAUGGAAGGCAGCCUGGAAAGGGGGGCAGGAGGGCAUGAGCAGACAAAUGGGCUUAGGGCACUUCUGCCCUCCUCCUCCCCCAAAGUCUUUCACCGAGAAUAAGGUGUCUGGAACCGCAGCACCUGGCUAACCUGACCUUGGAAAGCGCCUCUGAGUGUCUGACCCAGCACUGACAGCGGCUGCUCGCCCCCAGCCUCGGUGGGGGCCAGGACUCAACUGCACUGUUGUAGCCUGUUCCUCUGGAAGAGACUAGCCAUUGCCUGCCUCGGGUCAUCCCAUGCCAGGCUGGGCCGGGGCAGGGAGAUGGGCUUGUGUAUAAAUAUCGGGGCCCCCAGGCAGGACCCCCCAGAGAUACUUUUGAUUAAAGUGCCCUGAUAUUUCUCAUGAA